AUGGAGCACCCCUGGUUCUGCCAUGACGCGAACGACGGCGGAGGCGAGCAGGAGCAACUGAUGCGCGGCCACAAGGAGGCGGCGUGGUUCAAUACGGAGUUCGAGGAGGAGAUGGCGCGGGAUAUGACCGCGUUCGACAUCCUGGCCUUCUCACCAGGCUCGGACCUCUCCGGGUUGUCCGGUGUCAGGCCGGGCACGGAGCGGGUGUUCGUCGGCGAGCCCGCGGCGGUCGUGCUGGCCCGGGUUGAGGAUGCUGGGAAGAAGCGAGGGCACCGUGUAAGGAGGGAGGGGAAGAACCGCACUAUACCGGUGUUCGUGGAGGCGGUGGCCGGCGGCAUUGUCGCCAAGGUGACUGUGUUUAGGAUCGCCGAAGCGUUAUCAGUGGUCGAGGUCGUGAAGGGCCAUGAUGCGGAGGCCACGACGUUCUGGAAGGAUUGGCUAGAGCCAGCCAUGAAGCCUCGAACAGUGUGA